AAAUUACAGUCAUCGGAGAAGGAGACGAAGGGAGAGAGAUUGAGAGAGAUUGUGAGAGAGAGACGAUGGAUCACAUCGGUGCUGCAGAGGAGCAAAUCGUAUCGGAAAGGCUUAGAAGAAAGCUUGAAGAAGUUAAUGCAGCUGCUCAGGCUCAGCUUUCUCCUGUCCAAGAUCACAUCAAUUUCACCCUCCAGCAAGCUUAUUUCAAAUGUGCAUAUGAGUGCUUUGACAGAAGAAGAAAGCAAGAGGAGAUUAGUAACUGCGUCGAGCACUGCAGUGUUCCCGUUGUCAAAUCUCAGCAGCAUUUCGAGAACGAAAUGGCUCAGUUUCAGGAAAGACUGAACAGAUCAUUGAUGGUGUGUCAAGACAAAUUUGAGGCUGCAAAGCUCCAGAAGAUAAGGCCUGAAGCGGUUAACGAGAUGGAGAGUUGCGUGCACAAAGCCAUUGAGGAGAAUCUCAAUACAUUACCACAUGUUGUGCAGAGAAUGAAGACAGCAUUCAACAUAACCAACUAAAACUGUUUCCUCCCGGAGAAAACCACAAUAACAGUUGAUUUCAGUACCCAUUGUUUGAAAUAAGACCUUUUGUUUUGUCUUAUUAUUUAUUUACAAAAUUUAAAGACCUUCCUUAGCUUUACAAAAUAUUGUUCUUAGAUAAAGAGCUUAUUAUAUUUAUAUUUGACACUGGAAUUUUUGUUAUUUUUUUUUUUGGAAACCAGUUUUGUUGUUAAUAAAAUUUA